CAUACGCACCUAAAUUCCGACCUUUGCAUCGCAUUGUUCGACAUUGGGGAACAUUUUAGGUUAAGUUAUAACGAAAUUUGUCAAGAAAAAAGGUUUUUUAUACCAUUUUAAAUUAGUGUAGACUUCUGUUGGUGUAAAUAAUAUGGCAGAUUCAGCAAAGGUUCAAGAAUAUAAGGAGGAACUAAAACAGAAGGCGGAGCAACUUGUCCUAAAAGGUUUUCCUGAAACUAUAGUAAAGUUAAACAGUAUUUUAGAGACCUCUCAAUUUAAAAACCGAAAAUUUUCUGAUGUGCAUCAAGAUUUGAAUAUUCCAGUUCCGGACCCUAUUGUAUUAAACAGUCACACCGAUUUGCCUCCCGCCAAAAAAACUAAAUUUGAUAAUAGCAUAUCUUCUCAAGAUGGCACUAAGGUUAUGAUUUUACCUUCGGGUUCUGUUCCAACGAAUAAACAACUCGUCGAUUUGGUGGAAAGUGUAAAACCACACAUCCGGAAGCUUGUAGAAGAUUCCAAUUUGAUGAAGAUGUGGAUUUCUUUUAUGAUACCUAAAAUUGAAGAUGGUAAUAAUUUUGGUGUGUCAAUUCAAGAAGAUACUCUAGCCGAAGUACAGUCUGUAGAAUCUGAGGCUGCAGCAUUUUUUGACCAAAUAUCUCGAUAUUUUAUAUCAAGAGGAAAAUUGAUUUCUAAAGUGGCGAAAUAUCCCCACAUAGACGAUUAUAGACAAGCCGUGCAAGAACUCGACGAAAAGGAAUACCUAAGCCUCUGGCUGGUGAUGUCCGAAAUUCGAAACAGGUACUGUGCGCUUCACGAUAUCGUCCUGAAAAAUCUCGAUAAAAUUAAAAAGCCUAGAACAUCUAACGCUGCAGAAUCCCUGUAUUGAUUAGAGUCGAUGAAUAAAUGACAUAAAAUUUAA